AUGUCAUUCCCGACACCACCCAUGCGAGAGCGGAUGGAGUCGGCAACAGAUGAUGUUGCAGACCUGGGUGCUCCUGCUGGCUUGGGAAGCCGUGCCACGUCUUUCUAUGAACGCUCGAGAAUCAACAAGACCUUUUCACCGCUGACAGCCGGUGGCAUCCGGCAAAGUAUUUUCGUUUUAGUCCAAACAUCGCUCGGAGGAGGUAUCCUGACAAUUGCCUAUAUGAUGCGACAGUCCGGCUUCUUGCUCGGAAUCAUUUUGUUGCUUCUGGCAGGCGGUGUUGCAGCUGUGAGUAUGGAGGUGCUCAUGAAGAGCGCUGUACUGCAGCACCGCUACACCUUGGGAAACUUGAUGAGCUUUGUUUUUGGUCAAAGCAUCGGUGUGGCAUUAGAUCUCAUGCUCUUUCUCUAUGGCAAUGGUUCACUCAUCACUUAUUUCAUCUUCCUUGGUGAUUUCAUUCCGAGUAUCGUUGAAGCUUUAUCUCCAGGAUACUGGCCGCAACCAACUUUGGAGAGAGAGCUGUCGCUUGAAGAAAUGCAGGAGCUGGAUGAGCUUCGAACGAAAUGCCUGGUUGCUGCUCUCCUUCUGGUUUUGCUCCCCAGUUUACCCCGAGAUCUCUCCGGGCUUCGAUAUUUGUCGCCGAUCAUGGCCAUUGGUAUCAUCUACACCGAAGCGGUGGUGGUGUGGAAAUGUUUCUGGCUCCACCUGCAUCAUCCAGAUCUGACACAGGGCACCAUCAGCGAGAUGUUGUGGCCACAGGACGAUCUUCUGUCCAUUCUAUCCAGAAGCGUGAAAGCCUUUAGUCUCUGUGUUUUCAGUUACGUGUGCCAUCUGAAUGUCACACCCGUGGCAAAAGAGCUCGAGAAUGCCAAUGACAGACGAAUCGAAAAGGUCAGCUGGAGAGUUGUAUUCGUUCAAUUCGGCAUCUAUGUGCUCUUGGCAGUUGCAGGCUACGGAACCUUUGGUGAUGACACCAAGCCAAACCUCCUGCAAAACUACAGUGCGAGUGAUCCGUGGAUUCUGGCGAGCCGAGUCGGGCUGACUUUUACCGUCCUCGUAGCCAUUGCCACCAACACGAAUCCCACCGUCCGUGCAUCCUUGUGCUUGCUGGAGGUCCUGUUUCCAUUCUUGAAAGAGCCUGCUUUGGAAGGCCCCAAUGCUGAGCCACUCUUGAAGACCCCGCCGCUGAUGAAGCGAGCUCCCGAGGAACCUCGACCGCGGCGAUAUGUGAGAUACUGCUUGAGCAUAGCUUGCUUGACCAUGGACACCCUCGUAGCUAUUUAUGUGAAAAACGUUGCAAGCGUAGUUGGCUUUCUGGGAGCAACCAUGGGCACGUUGAUGAUGAUGGUCAUCCCAGGGUUGUUGGUCUACAAGCUACCAUUGUUUUCGAGCGGAUGGAGUCGAUUCUUCAUCGUGCUCUUUGCAUUCAGUGCCAUUGCAAAUUGUUUAGCUAUUUUCCAGUGA